AAUUGCAGGCCGAAUGGUGGAACUGCCAAAAGGUUUAAGUCCGGAAUUUUUGGAAGCCCUUCCCGACGAGGUUGCCGAAAGGACAGAUUUGCACGCUCGCUGAAAUUUCGAGCCAUUGCCGGACGCUCGGGAAGCCAAGAGUGCGCAGUCCGAACAGUGGAGACACUCCCGAGGGCCUCAUAUACUUGACUAUUACGUGCCUCUUGUUUCUUGUCUCUUGCUCGUCUUGGACACGAUUGUUAUGCUUGCAUUUCCUGUGAUUGACAUUUGCGCUUAUUAGUCCUUCCUAACAAACACUCCGCCAUGAAGUACCGCGGCGUUGUCUAUGAUGUUGGCCUUAAUUUCAAUGGCACUGGACUCUCCGUCGAGCCAUUCGAUCUUGCGCUAGUCAAAUACGACAUGAAAACAAUCGCCGAUGACUUACAUGCCAAUGCCGUUCGGAUUGAAGGAGAGGAGAUAUCUCGGCUGCAGAUUGCCGCACGGUUAGCGCACUCGAUGGGACUCAAGGUGUUUUUCAAUCCGUGGAAGAUGAAUGCAACCAUCGACGAGACCCGCGUAUACUUUGAAGAAGCGGCAAAAACUGCAGGAACAUUACGCAAUGAAGGUAUUGAUUUGGUAUUUAUCGCCGGCUGCGAAUACACCAUCUUCAGCAAAGGUGUUCUCCCUGGAAAUUCUUUCAACGACCGUGUAAUGUUCCUCGGCCAGCAAUUCCCCAGAGGCCACAUAACCGAAGAUAUUCCUCAGGCUCUCCGUGACAAGUCUGUCGAGUUGAAUAAGGCGUUGGGGUCUUUCGUUGAGGUGAUUCGUUCCCAGUUCGGAGGACAGAUCACAUAUUCGGCUGGCUCCUGGGAAGUCGUUGACUGGAGUAUUUUUGACGCUGUCGGCAUAGACUAUUAUCGCCGAGGAGAGACUGCGGAGAAGUAUGUCUCAUGUCUCGAUCGAUAUAGGGUUGGGAAGCCUCUCGUUGUUUUAGAAGUUGGUUGCUGCGCCUACGAGGGAGCAGCAGAGCGCGGAGACGGCGGCUUCGUACUCUUGAAAGGCACGAAUCCUGACGGCACUGGCAUCUUCGAGAAUGAUACUGUCCCAACUCGGAGUGAGAAGGAACAGGCCGAUUAUGUUGGAACGCAGCUUGAGCUUCUCAAUAAUGCAGGGGUUGAUGCGGCCUUCAUAUAUCUGUUUUCGUUCCCUUGCAUGCCGGCAGGAGAAGGGGCGAGGGAUCUGGACAUGAUGUGUUUCUCACUCGUAAAGACCUUUCCCGAGAAGGACUCAAGAUCUAAGGAUAUGCCUCCAUGGGUACCAAAGGAGUCUUUCCAUCGCGUCGCCGAAGCCUUUCGUUCUAUGGAGCAGGGCGACUAGAGCUCCGCAAUGAUUCAGUGAAAUGCGCUUUUAAGCCAGGCCAUGCUUAGGAAUUAGUAUCGCAUAGUAUCAGAGCAGUCGUGGCUUAGAACAGACUGUGGAUUGAUAAGCAACUGGGAAGACAAAAUAAUACGCUGUGGAAUAUGACAAG